AUUAUGUGCAUUCCUCAUUCAGUUUUUGGUUCCACGACGAGAUAGCGCUUGUAUUGAAAUAAUGAAGCUUCAUUUCUUGAUCAUUUCGUGUUUGCAAUUAAUCGCAGUAAAUCAAUGUUCUCUUAUUGCAGAGGAAAUCGGUGUAAAAGGAAUAUAUGAGUACACCUCGUUUGUUACUCUCCGAGUUCCCCAAGAUGAUGGCACGGUAAUCGACUACGGCGGAGUAGCAAUAACACCAUGUAUAGUAAUCAGCGUAUCCGAGGCUUGCAAUGCUUCAAGGCCAAUCGAAAUAUAUAGUGGACAAAGCACUUGUUCAACCUACAAACAACGGCGGCUAGUCAAAAAAACAGUGACACAGGGUGCCUUGGGGAUAGCAAUCACAAUCGAACCAUUUGAGAUCACUGCAUUUACUCAACCAGGAGAGAUUGCUUUUGAUGAAGAUUUUCCAGCAAAUGUCACAGCUGUGGGCUGUGCCCCACCUAUAUCGACAAUAAAUAAAGCAAAAUUCCAAGCUUAUUCUCUGCAGACUUGUAUGGAUUUCUAUAACGACAAUACCUUAGGUGAAGAUAUAUAUUGUGCAAAAUGCCCUGUUCCGGCUUCUACAUGUUCGGCUCCUCGAGGUAAUCCAAUUUACUGUGGUAAUAGAGUAUUCGGUAUAAGCAACAAAGUACAUCCUGAAAAGUGCACUCUAGGCGGUUACGUUCAAUUUAUCAAACUAAAACCCUAUGCUAAUUUCAUAAAUGAAGUAAUUAAAGAAACAAGCUGCAUUGCAUAGAAAUGUCCAGCUUAAAAGCGUAUCACAAGAAAAAGGUAAAAAUAUGUAUAUACAUAUACAUAUGAAUUGAAAAAAGAUUUCCAAAUUUCCGUAAGAGCAAUAAAGUCUUUACAAUCGAUUAAUUUAUUAAACCUUUAUGUACACAUUUUGUUAAUACUAUAUGAUGUACACAUAACAAUGUAUUAAAAUAAAAUUUAUUUACAAUUCUUAGGC